AUGUCCUCCCCCGGCACAGAGAACGUCGUCAUCGUCGGCGCAGGCAUCAUUGGCGUCGCGACCGCCUACCACCUCUCCCUCCUCUCGCCCACGACGACGAUCCACCUCGUCGAGGCCGCGCCGACGCUCUUUCACUCCGCGUCUGGCAAAGCCGCUGGCUUCCUCGCGCGCGGCUGGUUCGCGCCCGCGUCUGCCGCACUCGGCGCGCUGUCCUUCGACCUGCACCGGAAGCUCGCGGCGGAGCACGGCGGGGGCAAGGCCUGGGCGUACAGCCCGAGCACCGCGUAUUCGAUCUCGGACGCGCAGGCGCCGGAAUCGGCAGAGAGGGGAGAGGACUGGCUGUUUCAAGGGACGAGCAGGGCGCUCAUGGCCGGGGGUGGCGCUCAGCAGCGCUCGGGGGCACCAGAGUGGUUGGCCGUAGGACGCGCGGGCGAAACUUCCGGUGUAGAGAAGAUAUCGGAUCCGAGCGGUACUGCUCAAGUGGACCCUCUCCUCCUGUCCCAGUUCCUCUUGGACCAGGCCCGAUCGCGCGGUGUACAGCUGCACCAUCCUGCAACGCCCACCGGCGUGGUCACCUCACCCUCCAACGCCCUGACAGGCCUCACCAUCCGCACUGCAGACGGCGCAGAACAGACGCUACCCUGUGACUCGCUCAUCCUCACCGCCGGCGUCUGGACCCCCCGCGUGUUCUCCACACUCUUCCCCUCCUCCUCGACACGCCUCCCCAUCACACAACUCUCCGGCUACUCCCUCGUCCUGCGCUCCCCUCACUGGGCAGAAGACCCCUACACCGACGACUCGCCGCGCACCUCGCACGCCGCAUUCACGACGGACCCCGCGGCGGGGUUCUCGCCCGAGAUCUUUAGCCGCGCGAGCGGUGAUAUCUACCUUGCGGGCCUUAACACGACAGACGUGCCCGUUGCGGACGUCGGUGCGCAUGUCGUCCCGGAGCCGCGUGAGAUCGCGCGCCUGAAGGACGUCGCGAAGAAGAUGCUGGGCACCGAGCAGCUGGACAUUCUGAGCGAAGGGCUCUGCCACCGCCCCGUGAUGCCCACCGGCAUGCCGCUGUUGACAGCGCUGAGCGAACACCAAACCGGCGUGGUGGGCAAGGUAUGGGUGUCUAGCGGACACGGGCCUUGGGGCAUCUCUAUGAGUUUAGGUACUGGCUUAGUCUUGGCAGAGAUGGCGCUGGGAAAGGCUCCGAGCGCAGAUGUCUCGCAGUUAUGCCUAUAG